GUGAACCGUUUGAAAACCUCCUCCUUGCUCCGGGGCAGAGGGUGAGAGGGUCCAGGCUCAGUCCGCCAGAAACAGCCCCAACAUGGCGGGCAUUAGAGGAGACGUGAUGUGUUCACGGCCCGGGUUUUCCUCCGGGUCCGCCGCCACCGACCGGCCAGCUUUAACGGUGCCCGCGUCCGAGGAGCGUUCGCCGAAGACGGAGAGGAGGGGAAGGAGGAGAGGUUUCUGCCUGACCGGGACUAGGUCUAAGUCCCGCAAUAGCUCCGCUGAGCAGCGGGAGGAGCAGCGAUGUCCGCCCGCCGUCAACAACAACAACAACACGCCGUUCACGAUCCACUGCCAGAUCAGCAAAGAGAUCAAACACAUCUGCAGCAACUGCCGGGGAUCGGAGCCGCUGGACGCUGAGGAGGUGGGGAGGCUGGCUGCGAUGCGCUCUGAUUCGCUGGUUCCCGGCACGCACACGCCUCCCAUCCGCCGGCGGAGCAAGUUUGCCACACUGGGGCGUUUGUUCAAACCCUGGAAAUGGAGGAAGAAGAAGAGUGAGAAGUUCAAGCAGACGUCUGCAGUCCUGGAGAGGAAAAUGUCCACUCGUCAGAGCAGAGAGGAGCUCAUCAAGAAAGGAGUGCUGAAGGAGGUUUAUGAGAAAGAUGGCUCAUCCCCAGCCUUACGGGAGGAAGUCAAGAUGGAGAACGGACGAUCGCCGGUGCUAAGCUCCGCCCACUCAGAGUGUGAAGGUACAGAGCUGAUGGAGGGAGCAGGUUCCCUGGAGUUUCACAUGUCCACCGACAGUGCAUGUCAACUGGAACACGCCCAGAAAUCCAGCCAGGCUCCGCCCACCAAGAAACCCACUGUGUAUCUGUCCGACGGCGCCGAGUCAACGCUCUCCAGACCUCCGACGCCACACAAACAACCUCCCGCGCUGCCGCCCAAACCCUUCGCCAGGCUACCUAAUCACAUGACAGACGGCGCCCCGGUGAGGCUGCCGUGUAUGUCUGUGAGGAUGUCUCCUCCUCUACCUCCAAAGAAGCUCGUGAUCUCCGUACCCACGGGGAGCAUGGAGCCUUCUUCCAUCACCUUCCAGAAGUGCCACGCCCCCGCCAGCCACGCCGCGAUGGGCGGGCACUCGCUACAGUACGGGACGCUGCCGGUUCCUCUCCACCCGUCCAGUCGCAUCAUCGAGGAGCUCAACAAAACACUGGCGCUCACCAUGCAGAGGUUUGAGAGUUCCAUGAUGCACGUUGUUCCCACGGUGAUGAUCGAGUGCAACAACGACAAAGAGAACCUCCCCAACGAGGCCGACUACGAGGACCUGCCGGGCAUGUACAAGGACGAGGACGAGGGGGAAGAUGAGGAAGAAGACGAGGACGACGACGAUGAUGAGGAGGACGACGAAGAUGAGGAGGAAGAUGAGGAUGAAGCUCUUUUUACAAGCACAUUAGCCAUGAAGGUCCUUCGAAAGGACUCGCUGGCCAUCAAGCUGAGUAACCGUCCGUCAAAGAGGGAACUGGAGGAGAAAAACAUUCUGCCGCUGCAGUCGGACCAGGAGAGGCUCGAGUUCCGACAACAAACAGCCACUAAACUGACCAGGCGGUUGAGUCAAAGGCCAACAGCAGAGGAGCUGGAGCAGAGGAACAUCCUCAAACCUCGAAACGAUCAGGAGGAGCAGGAGGAAAAGCGGGAGAUCAAGAGACAUUUGUCCAAAAAGCUCAGCCAGAGGCCGACGGUGGAGGAGCUGAGGGAAGCAAAGAUCCUCAUCCGCUUCAGUGACUACGUGGAGGUGGCAGAGGCUCAGGACUACGACAGGAGAGCAGACAAACCCUGGACCCGGCUAACAGCUGCUGAUAAGGCUGCGAUAAGGAAGGAGUUAAACGAGUUCAAAAGCACAGAGAUGGAGGUGCACGAGUCGAGCCGUCAUCUGACCAGGUUUCAUCGACCGUAAAAAUACGACAACAAAGUGCGACCUCUCUGGGCUCGUCUUCUAUCGGCCUGCUACUCGCUGCCCUCGCUCCGCUCACUGUUACCAUUUACAGGACGCCGUCGACUUCCAAACUGACAAAGUGAAGCCGAGCUGGAGCCAUCGCAGGAAACAAAAAAACAAACAAAAACUUCAGAUGAAUUAAGUUCACAGCUGGCGUCUCCUUUCAGUGGAGAUUUUACAGACUUCUCGGAAUUUUAAAAGCUUUUUAAUCGUCUUUUUUUUCUUUUAAGAAGAAGAAGGCGACGCGUUUACUUUGCAGCACUUUUGAUUUUGAUGUCAGUCGGUGCCAACGUGGAGGACAGAAACACACAGAUUUUCUUCUUAACUUUCACCAUGUUCUCAGAUGCACUUUAUUUUCCCCUCACAGAGGUUGAACUACUCCACAUUUAUCUCAUUUAUUAUGGAGGCUCUUAACAGUAAGUGGGUCCAAGGGUCAUUUUAGGAAGAUGGAAAAAAAAAAAACAUUAAUUUGCCUUCAAAUCCUGUUUCCACAUGGAAGAUUUGCUUUUGUUUACUUCAGAGUGGGACAGUGGUGCGACAGCACCCCCUAAUGGCCAAAAUCAGUAUUACAAAAACAAACACUGCAAAACCUCUGAAAAGGAGAUUUCUUAAAAGAAAUCAUCCAAUUAGGGCUGCAACUAACAAUUAUUUUCAUAAUCGAUUAAUUUGUCCUUUACUUUCUCGAUUAAUCGAGAACUUGUUUAAUCAGAAAGUGUUUUCAAACAUGGAAACAAUGACAUUCUCAAAUGUUUUUGUCCACAAACCAAAAUUGAUUCAGUUUUGAUUUCUUUGUAUUAUGGAGCAAAGAAACCAAAGAAAAUAUUCACAUUUAAAGGGCAGUUUCACCCAUUUUUUUUCAUUUGGUCAAAUGAAGGAUAAACUUAAAAUCAUUAUAAUGCUGCUGUGUUUGUUUAUAUUAUAUAAAUAAUUAUAUUUACUUUUUUUUCAUAAAACUUGACAGAAUCUUGACAGUAAAGAGCAGUGUGCUUUUAUUUUCUUUAAAGGAACUGACUUUGACCUUGACUUUGUCAAUUUUAUUCAGGAUAUUCAAUCCCAACUUCCUGUAUUGUGGGAAUGAGACGCGUGUCUCAGAUCCCGUCUCAUGAUCAAAUAACACAUUUAUCUCUGAGAAUUAGUUAAAAAAUAUAUAAAAUAUAAAUAUAUUUUUUGGGUGAAGUGGCCUCUUAAGAAGCUGAAAAAUCAGAGAAACUUUAACUGAUUAAUCAAUUAUCAAAACCGUAGUAAACCGUUGCAGCCCUACAUCCUGGAAAUAAUUUUUCGACUUGUCUUCGAGGCCUUCCGUACGUUCACAACACGUUUAAGCCAAAAUGUCCCCAAAUCUUAAUAAACUGCAUCUUCAAAGCCGGUAAAGAUAAAUUCUGAUCUACUACCGCAAUCACAUUUAACCAACUGAGCAAUAAUUUCAACCCUGUUCCUCAUCUGUCGAUGCUGGGGCUGCAUUCACGGGAAGUGGAGGGGGACCUUGAAUGCGUCCCAUAGCGUUGUCCACACUGUCCAGUGAACCACCGCGUCGCUGUGUCUACAGUAUCAUUUACAGGGAUUUUAAAAAAAGUUGCCAAAUUCACUCGUUUCAUCGCACACAGAAUAUUAACUGUAGACGCACGAGUCAAAUGUUGCCGAACUCUGAUGAACAGUGAGAAAAAUCUGUUUAUUUUUUUCAGUUUACAUCGAGGAAGAGGGUAUGAAGGGUUUUCUCCCUGAUUUUCAUUGUUUACAAUCCAUCGUCCAUGAUUAUUGAGUGUCUGCUACGUGUGUGUGUGUGUGAGGGGGAGAGAGAUGUCACUGUCUCUUGUUGAGAAACAUUUUCUCAGAGUUAUACAAACGUGUACAUAGUAAAAGAAACUAAGUGAGAAUUUUCAGAUGUUUUUUUUUGUAAAGCAGAAAAACCUGCAUGUGGGAAUUAAUUUAUUGUGAGUCUUCUAUGAUGUAUGCAGUUUCUUAAAGAAAGGAACUUAUUAAAAAGAUAAGUUUA